CUUUAUACAACACUGGUAGUAACAGUUUUUUUUGGUGAAAAUUAUACAUAUUUCUGAUGGUCGAGGUGCAGGUAAACAUCCAAAGGGACAUGUAUGAGCAGCAUCGUGACGUCAGACUGUUGUGGCUGUGUAUGGUUCUUCCACAUGCUACUUAGACUCCUGUUACUUAAAUGUCAAAAUUGUAAAUURCUAAUAUGUCUGCUUUCUUCAUACGUCUAUCAUACAAUCCAAUAAACAGCACCAAACAAGAGUCAAAAUCUAACAACAAACUGCAAUCUAACAAAAACCAUCUAUAAUAGUAAUUUUUAUGGUAUAAAGUUGUUAAAAUAAACCCUAAAAGAAACUACAACACUGUGAGAUGGAAUAAUAAAAUGGUGGUUUUCCUGAUUGAUAAGGCAGCUCUGAUCACAAUGUUUUCCUCCAAACACAGACCAGGAUGGUUUCAUCGUGCUGACCCCGCCUCUGGUAGAUGCAGGGGCGCCUCCAUGUGACGCUGGGGCUGGAACCAAAAAUCCAGUAUGGCGGAAUCUGUCAGGAGAUGAAUUCUUCUCGUGCCCCYUCUGCGCUGAGAGAAAAAGAGAAAAGCACCACCUCAACAAGGAGUAAUAUGGAGUCAUAAAAAAGCAGAGAGGAGACGACACAUGUUUGGGACCUCCUCCCGGCCCGGGCUUGAACUGUUGCUAAAAAGCAACAUUCCACUUUGAUUGGAGCAGCUGAGUCAUUAGGCAAAUGGAGGUUGGCUGCUGCUGCUGGACAUCUGCUACCAGUUUCUUGUUUGGCUCUGCAGAGGAUUGGGUCAGACCGAGCUCACGUUUGAACACACACUUCCAGACGUCCACAGUUCAGGCAGAACUGCACCAGCGCCUGUAAACCACAACAGCAUUACAAACACACUCACAUUUGUUCUGAAAAAAAUAAAUAAUAAAAAUAAAUAAAUAAAAAAAUAAAAACACAAACCCAACCAGGAGCUCGCUUGCUGGAUUGUUUGGACCGGACCACCUGACCCACCCGUCAAGGAUGACGUCAAACAGCCACCAAGAGGGAAUCCUGGGAAAGGAGCAGCCGCUCGAGGUUCUCAAGACGUCGGCGCUCAACCACAUCCCAACAGUGGACAUCAACUCAGCGCUGCCCCUGCGUCUGCCUCCAGCUGCCAUCCCCAUGGAUCUACGCGUGGACCAUAACCAGCAGCAACAGGUGUCCUCGCUGUCCCCGCCCGGCCAGCUUUCGCCGGGCUCGCUCGGGGGGACGGGCGGCGGCGGCGGCGUGGCGGCGGCCUCCGUGCGCGAGCAGCAGCUGCAGCAGGAGCUGCUGGCCCUGAAGCAGAAGCAGCAGAUCCAGCGGCAGAUCCUCAUCGCCGAGUUCCAGCGGCAGCACGAGCAGCUGUCCCGCCAGCAUGAGGCCCAGCUCCAGGAGCACAUUAAGCAACAACAGGAGCUUCUGGCUCUGAAGCACCAGCAGGAGCUGCUGGAGCACCAGAGGAAGAUGGAGAACCACCGUCUGGAGCAGGAGCUGGAGAAACAGCAGAGGGAGCAGAAGCUGCUACUGCUCAAGAACAAAGAGCGGGGGCAAGAAAGUGCGGUGGCCAGCACCGAGGUGAAGAUGCGCCUGCAGGAGUUUGUCCUGAACAAGAAGAAAGCCCUCGCCCAGCGGAGCCUCAACCAGGGAGGCCUCCCGAACGAUGCUCCGUACUGGUAUCGAAAAACCCAGCACAGUUCUCUGGACCAGAGCUCUCCUCCGCAGACCGGUGUGUCCACCUACAACCACCCCGUGCUGGGUGUCUACAACCCCAGGGAUGACUUCCCGUUGCGAAAGACUGCCUCGGAGCCCAACUUGAAGCUUCGCUCUCGGCUGAAGCAGAAAGUAAGCGAGCGCAGGAGCAGCCCGCUGCUCCGACGCCGAGACAGCCCCAUCACCACCGCCAAGAAACGCUCGCUCGACAUGGCAGACUCGGCAUGUAGCAGCGCCCCCGGCUCAGGCCCAAGCUCCCCGAACAACAGCUCCAACAACAUCCCCAACGAGAACGGCAUCACUGUGUCGGUCUCCAACAACACGGAGGCAUCUCUGGCCCAGAGGCUGUGCAGCGGCGCUGACAACCAGCUGUCUCUGUACACUUCGCCGUCUCUACCCAAUAUCACCUUAGGGCUGCCUGCCACUGCAACCGCCACGGCUGCUUCCAGCGUCACCUCAGCUCAGCAGGAUGGAGGCCUGCAGCCAGCCCUCUCCCUCAGCCCACCUUUCCUCUCCGGAGCCCAUCUGACCUCCUACCUUGCAGAAGCCGGUGCUGGAACUGGAGGCGCACACAGUCCGCUGCUCCAACACAUGGUGCUGAUGGAGCAGAGCCCCGCACAAAGCCCCCUGGUGACAGGUGUGAGCGGUCUGUCCAUGUCCUCAGCAUCCAUGGCCAAGCUGCAGCGGCAGCACCGGCCCCUGGGGAGGACCCAGUCGGCCCCCCUGCCCCAGGGCAGUGCCGCCCAGGCUCACGCUCAGGCCCUGGCCCUGCAGCAGCUGGUGGUCCAGCAGCAGCACCAGCAGUUCCUGGAGAAGCACAAGCAGCAGUUCCAGCAGCAGCAGCUCCACCUCAACAAGAUGAUGGGGAAACCCAGUGAGUCACCCGUGGGGCGGCAGCACCAGAGUCACCCAGAGGAGACGGAGGAGGAGCUGAGGGAGCAUCAGGACGGAGGAGGAGCUCUGCCGCCUGGGGUCACCAUCAAGCAGGAGCCCCCCGAUCCGCAGGAGCUGCAGGAGGAGGCGCUCCAGCAGCAGCAGCACCGGGAGAGGCAGGCGGAGCAGGAGCUGCUUUUCAGACAGCAGGCUCUCCUGUUAGAGCAGCAGCGGAUUCACCAGCUGAGAAACUAUCAGGCCUCCAUGGAGGCCGCAGGGUUGUCCGUUUCUUUCCCGGGUCACCGUCCCCUGUCCAGAGCCCAGUCGUCUCCGGCCUCGACUCCCUCCUUCCCGAUGGUUCCUGCACCCGAUCCUCCCGUCAAACCUCGCUUCACCACAGGUCUGGUGUACGACUCCCUGAUGCAGAAGCACCAGUGCAUGUGUGGAAACACCAACAGCCAUCCGGAGCACGCGGGGAGGAUUCAGAGCAUCUGGUCGCGUCUGCAGGAGACCGGACUCAAAACGCAGUGUGAGUGCAUCCGUGGGAGGAAGGCCACUCUGGAGGAGCUGCAGACGGUCCACUCUGAAGCCCACGUGCUGCUGUACGGAACCAACCCACUCCGACAGAAACUUGAUUGUUCAAUAACUCCAAUGUUUGUACGGCUGCCGUGUGGAGGGGUGGGGGUGGACAGCGACACCAUUUGGAACGAGGUCCACUCCUCCAGCGCCGCUCGCCUCGCCGUCGGCUCCGUGGUGGAGCUCGUUUUCAAAGUGGCCACCGGAGAGCUGAAGAAUGGUUUUGCAGUGGUCCGCCCUCCAGGACACCACGCAGAGGAAAGCACUCCUAUGGGUUUCUGCUACUUCAACUCGGUGGCCAUCGCAGCCAGACUUCUUCAGCAGAGACUCAGCAUCACCAGGAUCCUCAUCGUGGACUGGGACGUUCAUCACGGCAACGGGACUCAGCAGGCCUUCUACGACGACCCUAAUGUCCUCUACAUGUCCAUUCAUCGCUACGAUGACGGCAACUUCUUCCCAGGAAGCGGAGCGCCUGACGAGGUGGGCAGUGGGCCAGGAGUGGGCUUCAACGUUAACGUGGCCUUCACCGGAGGACUCGACCCCCCCAUGGGGGACGCAGAGUACCUGGCUGCUUUCAGGUGCGUGGUGAUGCCGAUAGCCAACGAGUUCGCCCCGGACAUCGUGCUGGUCUCCUCGGGCUUCGACGCCGUGGAGGGACACCCCCCGCCUCUGGGUGGCUACACUCUGACGUCCAAAUGUUUCGGCUAUCUGACCAGGCAGCUGAUGACCCUCGCUGGAGGCCGGGUGGUCCUGGCUCUGGAGGGAGGACACGACCUCACCGCCAUCUGCGACGCCUCCGAGGCUUGCGUGGCCGCCCUGCUUGGCCAGGAGCUGGAUCCUCUUCCGAAGGCUGUCCUAGAGCAGAGGCCCAACCCCAACGCUGUCCGCUCUCUGGAGAAAGUUAUAGAGACUCACAGUAAGUACUGGCGCUCGGUACAUCGCUACUCGUCUCGACUGGGGCUCUCGCUGCUGGAGGCCAAACGAGGAGACUCUGAGGAGGCUGAGGCCGUCAGCGCCAUGGCGUCUUUGUCCGUGGCCAACUCCAAUGCCAUGGAUCAAAGCAGGUCAGAGGAGGAGGAGCCUAUGGAGGAGGAGGCUCCGCUGUAACCGAGGCCGGCGUGAGGGCGUCGCUGCGUUACCAUUGACCUCUCCGGAGAAGAGCCUCGACUGACCCCUUCAUUUAGUCCCCCCCACUAAACCCCACUCACCUCGUCGGUCACCUUGACUGGCGACCCCUCGGCCUAAAACGAGGGGAGAGGGGGUGGGCUCAGCCUCAGAGUAGGGAGCCAAUCGGAAGACAAGAGGACCGAACUGGGAAAAACAAAUUUACCGACGUUGCUUGGCAGCACUCGCUCAGAGACAACUGAUUUUUUUUUUCUGUCAGUCUUCACACA